GGCCAAGAGGAAGCUCUUCAUCCGACUCUGAUUCUGGAGCUUGAUUUGAAAGAGGGGAAGGACCGACGGACUGAGCAGGCGAGAGGUGGUUCUGCAGUGGCCGAGCAAUACCUGGCUGCGCGCUCCCAAGCUGUUGGUCCUGGUGCCCCAUCGGAGUUGCGAUACUGUUGUUUGCUUUGGGCUUGGUUGUUUGACCUCCCAAACCGUGGCCAAAGCCGCGCGGAAUCUGCGGGGUGUAUCGUGGAAGGUUGUAGGUCUCGGGCUUCUGCUUCUUGCUGAACGUAGGAGCUCCAUGCUUGACCAGCAUGUCCUUUGGCGUAUGCUGGUUGUGACCAUGGGCGCGCGGGUUGUACUCUGGCGGCGACUCGGCCCGACGCUUGCGCUGCAACUCCUCCUCGGUAGUGCCGGACCCCAGGAUGGCCAAAAGCGUGGUAUGGCCACAGUGCAAGACGCACCUCCAGUCGCACAUCACGGAGGCCUCAAGGACCAGGACCGCAUCUUCACCAACCUCUACGGCCACCACGGGGCUGAUCUCAAGAGCGCGAUGAAAUAUGGUGACUGGUACAAGACCAAGGAGAUUCUUGACAAGGGACAUGACUGGAUUAUCUCAGAGAUCAAGGCUUCGGGUCUGCGAGGACGUGGUGGCGCUGGUUUCCCAUCCGGCAUGAAGUGGAGUUUCAUGAACUUCAAGGGUUGGGAUGAGGACACCAAGCCGAGAUAUCUGGUGGUCAACGCCGAUGAAGGCGAGCCAGGAACAUGCAAGGACCGAGAGAUUAUGCGAAAGGACCCUCACAAGCUUAUUGAGGGAUGUCUCGUUGCAGGCCGAGCGAUGAACUGCACAGCGGCAUAUAUUUACAUUCGCGGAGAGUUCUACCACGAGGCUGCAGUCCUGCAGCGUGCCAUCCAGGAGGCCUACCAAGCCGGCUUCCUCGGCAAGAACGCAUGCGGAUCUGGAUACGAUUACGAUGUUUUCCUUCACCGUGGAAUGGGUGCCUACGUUUGCGGUGAGGAGACAUCAUUGAUUGAGUCUCUCGAGGGCAAGGCUGGUAAGCCUCGUCUGAAGCCGCCGUUCCCAGCUGCCGUCGGUCUCUUUGGAUGCCCAAGCACAGUCGCCAACGUCGAGACCAUUGCUGUUGCGCCUACCAUCAUCCGACGAGGAGGAGAGUGGUUUAACUCUUUCGGUCGCGAGCGAAACUCUGGCACAAAGCUCUUCUGUAUUUCCGGCCAUGUCAACAACCCCUGCACGGUCGAGGAGGAGAUGUCCAUUCCUCUCCGCGAGCUGAUUGACAAGCACUGCGGUGGUGUCCGUGGAGGAUGGGACAACCUCAAGGCUGUCAUUCCCGGCGGCUCAUCAACGCCCAUCCUUCCCAAGCACAUCUGCGACGACCAAAUCAUGGACUUUGACGGCCUCAAGGACAACCAGUCCGGUCUCGGGACCGCAGCCGUUAUCGUCAUGGACCAGUCCACUGAUGUCGUCCGCGCCAUUUCCCGCCUGUCAAAGUUCUACCACCACGAAUCUUGCGGCCAAUGCACACCCUGCCGAGAGGGGUCGAAGUGGACCGAGCAGAUAAUGCACCGCUUCGAGAAGGGUACUGCCCGUGCUCGCGAGAUUGACAUGAUGCAAGAGCUCACGAAGCAGGUUGAGGGCCACACCAUCUGCGCUUUGGGUGAGGCUUUCGCAUGGCCCAUCCAAGGUCUAAUCCGUCACUUCCGCCCUGAGUUGGAGGCGAGGAUACAGGGCAACACAAAGGCUGCGGGUGGUGAGGCGUUGGCUGGUGGAUGGCAGCACGAUGCUGUCAAGAAGGGCAUGUUGAUCUCGCCUGGACAGUAG